CUCCCGCCUCUGGACUCUGGCUACUCGUGGGUGAUCUGCGCAUGCGUGUUUUUGAUGAUGUUUGCAACUUGGGGCGCCAAUGGUUGCUACGGCGUCUUUCUAAACCACUGGCUCCAGGUACAGAGCUUCCCCGGCUCGUCGGCCACCGAUUUCGCUCUGAUAGGCAGUAUUGUGCUGGCACUCGCUCAGGCGCUCGCUCCGCUCGCACAGAUGGCGUCUGCAAUCCUAGGAAUGAAAACUGUCAUGCUGGUGGGCGUCGUUUUGCAAACCGCAGGGUAUCUGUUGGGAUCGUUUGCCACGAAACUAUGGCAAUUGUACCUCACCCAGGGCAUUCUUGUGGGGUUGGGUUUCGCGUUCGUUUUCAACCCGGCAAUUGUCAUUUUUCCAGAAUGGUUCGACAAGAAAAGAGGCCUUGCCUCGGGGGUUAUUGUCUCUGCUAGCGGUGUAGCCGGGGUCGUUUUCUCGCUGGCCUCCCAAGCUAUUAUAUCCCGCACAGGGAGCCCGGCAUGGGCGCAGCGAAUGCUGGCAUUUUUCUCUGUGCUGGGAAACACGUUAGCAGCGUGCCUGCUGAAGCAUCGCAUCCCAACACAGCGGCUCCGGACCCGCCGCGAAAUCGUCACCAGAUUCUACGUGCUGUUCAACGUCAAGGUCGUCAAACUGCCGCAGGUCCACUUCAUCACGCUUUGGUUCGUGCUGAUACUGUCCUGCUACAUUGUCGCGCUAUUCUCGCUCUCCGCAUACAGCACGUUUGUGGGGAUGUCGUCGUCGCAAGGCAGUCACGUGACCGCAAUUUUCAACGGGUGCCAGGCCAUUGGCCGGUUCACCAUUGGUUUUGCGGCCGACUACACGGGCCGUGUGAACCUAGCGGUGCUUCUGAGCAUCAACAUGGUGAUUCUGCUCUUUGCCAUGUGGAUCAACGCCAUGACGGCCGGCGUGGUCUAUGCGUACGCUAUUCUCUCCGGACUCACGUUUGGCGUGGCUUCCACGUUGAACCAGCCCAUAGUGGCCGAUUCUGUUCCUGUGGAGCUGUUUCCCUCGGCGUGGAGCUACGAAAAUUUCUGGAUGGGUGUUUUUUGCAUGUUUUGCGAGGUGGUAGCACUAAAGCUCAGAGACAUGACCCUCGCGAAGCCGUUCAUCAAGGCACAGAUAUUUUGUGGCUGCUUUGCGGCCGCCGGCGUACUGUGUAUUCUGCCAAUCCGCGAGUGGAAAAUCCGCCGCAUGCUCGUCGCCAGGCAGGAAGCUCUGGAGGCCCUCAAAGAGCACGAAAAACACACGGACGAGUACGAGCGCCGUCUGAAGACCUACGACAUCCUUCUGCGCGGCGGGUUCAAGGCGUACAUGGCGAGACUGCUGUAUCCUGUGCGU